AUGUCACAGAAUAAGAAAGUCAACUUAAAUUCCGUUCAUGAUUUACGUCAACAUACUGAUGAACAAUUAGGAUAUAUAAUGAGUCAAUUUGAUUAUAAAGAAUCAUUUGGGUUAAUUGAUCUUAAGUUAGGAUUAGGAUUAGCUACUGUAAUAAUUGCUGGUGGUUUAUUUGGAAUUGAAAAGGUUUAUAAAUUGAAAUUAUUUGAAAUGUAUUCAAUUACCGUGAUUGGGGUGGUAUUAUAUGGUUUAAUUAAUAUUAUAUUGACAUUGGUUAAUUAUAAAUAUAAGAAUGUUAAAUAUAUUGGUUAUAAGAAGAAUAAAGACAAAGUGACUAUUACUACUUGGUCUACCAAGUAUGAUCCAAUUUAUAAUAUUUCAAUUACUUUUAAUGAUAUUACAACCGUAACUAAUGAAUAUCAAUUUAAAGAGUUUUAUGAUCAAUUAGGUUAUUUCAAUUCAAAUGCCUUCAUGAAAUUAAUUGAACAAGAUUUACAAAAAAAGAGUCAAUAA